GCAGCGCCCGGUUACGCUCCACCUGACCGCGCACGUUCGUAUUUGGUGAAUGACGGAGCAGCACAGAUCGCUGCUGAAGUUGCCGAAAGUGAAGUGUUUCUGUGCAGAAGGAGAUUUACGCUUCCCGCGGACGAAGACAAAGAUUUAUUUUUCUUGCCCAGGAUCCACAACAUGUCGUCCAGUGAGCCCGUCAUCAGAUCGAGGCAGACCGAGAAAGAAGUCAAUGGAGUUUCUACGCAGGUCGUCUGUACAGAGUUCAGCAAUUACAUAUUCAUAGUUCUCACCCAGUACGGAAAAAUGGGGACAUUGAUAUCUGUCACACCUGACACCAGAUCUAAUGAUAUCAGCAGCCCGGCAUUCUCCACCAAAGUACUGCUGGGCAAAGACGAGCCACUGACACAUGUUUGUGCAAAAAACCUGGCAACUUUUGUGUCACAAGAAGCUGGAAACAGGCCCGUCUUAAUGGGUCUGGCCCUCAAGGAUUCCUCCCUAGAUGCAAUUAAACAAAUGAAAGAGAUCAUCAAAAGCUGUAAAGUCUGGUAGGGAGUCAACAGAGUGGACACAAAGCCUGAAGGCUGGCUGAAAUGCAGACUGGAUUUUGUAAAUGUCACAUUUUUUGUUCAUGUUCUUUUUUUCAACUGAAGGUCUUUACAAUGUAUUGAAUGCCGGGCUAUAAUUUGUUAAAAGAGAAAAAGAAACCUGCUGCUUAUGCAAGAAUGAAGUGACUGGUCUUUGUGCUGUGUCUUUUUGUUAAGAAGGUUUUUUCUCUGAGCGCGUUUUCAGAAAAUGGAGAAGUACGGUUUGAUGGAAAAUAGCUCCGGUUUAAUCACUGUAUAAAUAUGUAUUGACCUUUUGCUUUGUUUGUAACGCUUCAUAUUGUUUGCUAUUUUUUGUUUUUCUUUAGAAUGCAAAUAUUCAAAAUGUUUUCAUUCAAAUAAUUUAAAAAUAAAGAAACUUUUCUAACUUUUUUUCUGUCUCCCCCGUCUCAGCGGGUAGGGUAGGGUAUUUUAGGCUUUGCACCGGACACACUUGUCAAGCAUCACAAAUAUUCCUGUCAAACGAGAAUAUAUAUAUCUAAGAUUUGUAAUCUGCUUUAUUAUCCCAUCGGUGUCACACUGCGUUAAAAGCAAUAAUGUGGCAAUGACAACAAAUGUUUAAAGUAAUGCGCCGCAAUGUAGUCGCAAUGUGUAGCAGCAGAUCAUGCAAUGAGAAUUAUUAUUAAGGAUCCGUAGGCUGGGUUGACUAUCGAUCAACCGUAAUUAAACCUCAGUAAAGGUGAGUGUCAUUUGGAAUCGUAUGUGAUUAAGUUUAUUUUAUGUCUCACUUAAUCUUUAAGAUUAAACUAAAAAUGUGCCAGUUAUGUAUUAUGCCAAUUAUCAAUAUUUGACUCCAUGUUUUAUUCUGUCAGAGAUGUGUUUAUUUCACUGUAUUCAAGUCAUGUGGUUUAUAUUCUUGAAUUGCAAUAGCCAAUAUAUGUCAAUUGUAAUAGAAAUAUCAGAUAUGGAAUAGUUACACACUUCACCUCUAUUGGCUACAACGUAUUCUUGUUUCUAAUUAAUACAAGUAUAAGAUGAAAACAACAUUAGAACAUAGCAACGCAUAAAAACAGACAUAAGUGAAGCAAUACAAGCGCAUGUUUUCGUUGCGACGGUUGGCUGAAACGUAAUCCGUCGACGUGAUGACGUCACGCCCCGACGUCGACCGCUUCACCUGCGCGCAACCUGUUGAUCUCUGCCGCGCCUCCGACUCGCCGCUCCGGCGACAACUCAAGCUCAGGUUCCUCGCACGUCUACGUUGAAGAGUCGGUCUCUUUUUUUUUUCCUCGCGUUUCGCCGCGCAGACGCUUCCAGCCGCGGCGCACUCGGUCAAGUUGUU